AUGGAUCCAGACGCCUCACUGCCCACCGACUCAUCCCCGUCCGUCUUCAACUACGUGCUUUCCUUCCUCCUGGUCGGCGUCGCAUGGGGCUUCACCACGCCGUUUAUCCGGCGCGCAGCAGCGGACUUUAACGCGCGUCAGGAGAAACAGAAGCAAGCCUCGCUGUCUGGUCCAACUUCCAGAGACUCAUUGGGCCGUGGCCGAUCAAGCACACAUACCGACACUCGCGCCGGAAAUGGGACGGAGGAAGAGCAGGGCCCGGACUUGUUGCCCGUCUCCGAGGCCGAGGGUCGGCCUCCUCAUGCGGACGUGAUUGAUUUCGGCGAGGGAGUGAGACGGAGGAGUGGGAGUAGUCAGUGGGAGGAGGGAGAGGAGCCGGAGCAGGAGCAGAGAAAUGGUGAUAUUCCUACGCCGGCGUGGAUGCAAAGUCCUUCGCGGCAGUCGUGGUUACGAGCAAAGAUGGUCUCGGUCUUUUGGACGGUGGUCAAUCUGCUUCGGACACCGGCUUAUUCUGUGCCGUUGGUUGUUAACUUGACGGGGAGUAUUUGGUUCUUCUUGUUGGUUGGGAAGCAUGAACUCUCUCUCACGGUUCCACUUGCGAAUUCAAGUGCCUUUUUGUUCACCGUUCUUGGAGAGUGGUAUGUCGAACGCAAGGUGAUUGCCAAGGAGACGUGGUUGGGCCUGAUUCUGGUCCUGGGGGGCAUUGCGCUCUGUGUGCAUUCGAAGAAUCAGACCGGAUGA